AUGUUUAAUAGUGCUAUUUCAGUGAGACUUCUAAGUCGGUCUAUCAGAUCACAAACAUUAAGAAUAAAUUCAUCGAAAAAUGUAUUACUAUCACCGCCAAUAAGAUUAUUUUCAAGUUGGCCCCGCCACUCAUUUCAACAAUCAACCAUCAAAUAUAAUAAGCAAAAACCUCAAAAGGAAGAAGAAGAUAAUAACGAAAUAGAUAAAAAGGCAAGGGAAGAGUAUGAAGCAAAAUUAAAUGAAAAAAAUUACUCCAAAAAAACCGAAGAGCCUAAAAAACCAAAAGAUGAAGAAGAAGAUCGUAUACGGGAAGAACUAAAAAAGAAAUUUAUGGCAAAGCAUCCAGGUAUGCAACCAAAAGAUUUUAAGAUUUAUAAAAUUGAAUGGAGACAGUUAGUAAAUGUAUUAUUUUUAAGUACCACUUCAUUAUUAAUUUGGCUCUAUGCUUUCUCGAAUAUUAAUGAUGAAAAAAAUCAACAAGAAUUAUCAAUGCAAAGUUUUAUUACAAAUUAUUUAGAAAAAGGUCUAGUCAAAAAAUUAACAGUUAUAAAUAAAUAUGUUGUUGAAGCUCAAUUGAUUCCUGGAGCUAUUAGUUCCAAUACAUUUAAUAAGUCAGAUGGUACUCCAGCAGUAAUGUUUACAAUUGGAUCAAUAGAAUAUUUUGAGGAUGAAAUGAACAAAGUUCAAGAUCGUUUACAAAUUCCAAUGAAUGAAAGAAUCCCCAUAGUAUAUGAAGAUAAAGGAUCAUGGAUGAGUUAUAUUUUGCCUAUUUUACCAACUGUUUUAUUAAUUGGUGGAUUGUACUACCUAACAAUGAGAAGAAUACCAGGAAAUCAAGGUGGUGCCGGAGGUGGAGCAGGAGGUCCAGGCGGAAUUUUCAAAAUUGGAAAAUCAAAAGCUAAAUUAUUCAAUCAAGAAACUGAUGUUAAAAUAAAAUUUAAAGAUGUUGCAGGAUGUGAAGAAUCAAAAGAAGAAAUUAUGGAAUUUGUUAAAUUUUUACAAGAUCCCCAAAAAUAUGAAAAAUUAGGUGCUAAAAUUCCAAGAGGUGCAAUAUUAAGUGGUCCCCCAGGAACUGGUAAAACUUUAUUAGCAAAAGCAACCGCGGGUGAAGCAGGUGUACCAUUUUUAUCAGUAAGUGGAUCUGAAUUUGUUGAAAUGUUUGUUGGUGUGGGAGCUUCAAGAGUUCGUGAUUUAUUUAAAACUGCUAGAGAUAUGGCACCAGCUAUUAUUUUUGUUGAUGAAAUUGAUGCAAUUGGUAAAGAAAGAGGUAAUGGUAGAAUGGGUGGUAAUGAUGAAAGAGAAAAUACUUUAAAUCAAUUAUUAGUAGAAAUGGAUGGAUUUGAUACAACUGAUCAUGUUGUUGUAUUAGCAGGUACAAAUAGACCAGAUAUAUUAGAUAAAGCAUUAUUAAGACCGGGUAGAUUCGAUAGACAUAUUUCAAUAGAUGUACCAGAUGUUGAAGGUAGAAAAGAAAUUUUCAAAGUUCAUUUAUCAAAAUUAAAAUUAUCAUGUGUUGAAGAUAUUGAUAUAAAACAAAAAGAUGUUGAUUUUGCGAAAUUUCAACAAUUAAAAAAUAAUUCAAUUGAAUCAUUAGCUGGUAGAUUGGGCGCAUUAACUCCAGGUUUCGCAGGUGCUGAUAUUGCAAAUUGUUGUAAUGAAGGUGCAUUAAUAGCAGCAAGAGAGAAUGCAAACUCAGUUGACAUUCAUCAUUUUGAACAAGCUAUAGAAAGAGUUAUUGCAGGUUUAGAGAAAAAAUCAAGAAUAUUGUCUCCUGAAGAGAAAAAAACAGUGGCUUAUCACGAAGCUGGCCAUGCAAUCUGUGGUUGGUUCUUAGAAUUUGCUGAUCCUUUAGUGAAAGUCAGUAUAAUUCCAAGAGGCCAGGGAGCUUUAGGUUAUGCACAAUAUCUACCACCUGACCAAUACUUAGUGUCAGGUGAUCAAUUCAAACAUCGAAUGAUCAUGACAUUAGGUGGUAGGGUAUCAGAAGAGCUUCACUUUGACACAAUCACUAGCGGAGCAUCCGAUGAUUUCAAAAAAAUAACUCAAAUGGCUCAACAAAUGAUUUUAAAAUUAGGAAUGUCCCCCAAAUUAGGUCAAAUUUGUUAUGAUCAAACUAAUGAUGGAUCAGGUUUUAGAGUACAUAAUCAAUACUCUGAAAAUACAGCCAGAGUUAUUGACGAAGAAGUGAAAAGAUUAAUAGAUGAAGCAUAUAAGGAUUGUAAAGCAUUAUUAAAUGAUAAGUUACAACUAGUUGAUCACGUUGCGCAAGAAUUAUUCAAGAAAGAAAUUUUAACAAGAGAAGAUAUGAUAAGAAUUUGCGGACCUAGACCAUUUGUUGAAAGGAAUGAUGCAUUUGAUAAAUAUUUGAAAGGUCCUGAUGCUUUCAAAGGUAGACCAAAUUCAAAAGAAGAUGAAGGUAAAGAUAUUCCACCUGCUGAGGUAGCUUAA